CGAUAGGAUUUUUAAUGUCGUUUAAACGCGCAUAAUUAUCGAAAUAUACCGUGUAACGAGCCUGGGGAACACUAUAAGAAAGAAAAUAUGAUUCGCUUCAUUUUGAUUCAAAACCGAGCUGGCAAAACGAGGCUGGCGAAGUGGUACAUGCAGUUUGAUGAUGAUGAAAAACAGAAAUUAAUCGAGGAGGUCCACGCUGUGGUGACAGUGAGGGACGCCAAGCACACCAACUUUGUGGAGUUCAGAAACUUUAAGAUUAUUUACCGACGCUAUGCUGGGCUCUACUUCUGCAUUUGUGUGGAUGUGACUGAUAACAACUUGGCAUACCUAGAAGGAAUCCACAACUUUGUCGAGGUGCUAAAUGAAUACUUUCACAAUGUGUGUGAAUUGGACCUUGUCUUCAACUUUUACAAGGUGUAUACAGUGGUGGAUGAGAUGUUUCUAGCCGGAGAAAUCAGGGAGACGAGCCAGACAAAGGUGCUCAAGCAGCUCCUCAUGCUGCAGUCACUUGAGUAGAGUGGAGUGAAGUUGUCCUUCAGUACCUGCCCAAUCAUCUGACCAACCCCUCCACUGGAAAUGACCCUUUGUGACCCAGCUGUCUAUAUGCAUUUAAUUGUGAGAUGUUUGUCAUUGCAUUCUAUAAGUUGCAAAAUUUGGACAGUGCUUCUAGUUGAAGCUAAUUAAUAUGAAGGCUGAUCAUUUCAACAUUAACAUAAUUUCUUACUUUGCUACAGUUGUAUUAUACUCUAUUCAUGUCGAUGACUCCCUCGAUAUUUAAUUCACUACAUUUUCUAUCAGGCACUAUACAAUUAAAACAGGCUGGCUCUCAGUUAAUAAUUGUUUCAAAGACAUGGGCUUAAAUUGGUCCCCAUUCUAAAGCCUGGUUGAACACCUCUCCUUUAGUGAGUAUAGUGCAUUUGUGAUUCCGACCUUGUUGCUCAAGACAUAUUGUGAUAUUGUUAAUAACAGUAGGUCUGUAGGUGCCAGGGUGCUCAAAAGCUGGAGGGUGUAUUGGUGAAAAUAUUUUACUCAAGGCAGUGCAGUGAACUUUACUUUGAAUAGUUUGUAAAUAGGUGUAUCUUACAUUUGUCAGUGAACAGUGAUUUCAUUCAUUCCAGAUUUAUUAUCCUGCAUCAGUUUCAGAUCAAAUGCAGGAGGCCCCACCCGUCUUUUAAAACCGUUCAAUACAGUGAACUUGAGAAUUUCACUUCCUGCAAAUCGACAACCUCAACUGGCCCCUUUUUUCCUUUUUUUACCUUUAAGGUGUCAAGUUUGUUCAGCGUUACACAAUGUUUAACUUUUGUAUUUUUUUUCAGUUUUUUAGUUAUCAUAGUAGUAUGUACCCUUACUGUGAACUUGUGCGAGUUGACGAAAGGAAGAAUUGUGUGUAUCCACCAAUAAAGUCCAGUUAUAUGUAAAUAACCAAAAAAAAGUAAAAUAAAGUGAAAUUAUUACAUCUGUAG